UGGGAGCCUUCCCGGCGCGUGAGCCCGAUCCGGCGGCACCGCGGGGAGGAGACAGGACCGGGCGGUGGCGGCAGAGACAGGGGGACGCAGCCGGCGCGGAGGACCCAAUAGGAAGCUCGCCGCCGCAACCUCUCCCGCGCGCUCCGGCCGCUUACUCCACGCCGAUCGCCCACUCCCGGAACCUAGGACUACACCAAGAAAGACGCCGCCCGGCCCAAGAAGCAGGGGCGGAGAUUCUCCUGGCUUCCCGAGCGCCGGGAGGAAGAUUCUCCCGCCGCCGAGAACCGUGCCGGACCCGAGGAACCCGUGGCCUGGAGAGCGCCGGCUGUGCCAGACUCCAGCCUGAUGGAUGUCUGGUGUGGAUAAUGAGGGAAGAACGUGCCUUUCACACCCAAGAGGUGACCCCGGAUCGUGCCCCGGAUGACCCCACGACUCGGAACCAUGCAGCUAGCCUGCAUGUUCUCGUCCAUCCUGCUGUUUGGAGCCGCGGGCCUCCUCCUGUUCAUCAGCCUGCAGGACCCUGUGGAGCUCAGCCCCCAGCAGGUUCCAGGCAUAAAGUUCAGCAUCCGGCCCCAGCAGCCCCAGCAUGAUAGGGCGCGGACACCCACAGAGAGGGCGGCGAGAGGUUCACCCAGCGGGUUCCCGCGAGGCCUCCAACUGCAGGUGCCUGACCAGCCUCGACCCCACGCCAGGGCGGCGGGGUCCCGCCCCCGCCUCCGGCAGCGCAGGCGCAGGCUGCUCAUCAAGAAGAUGCCGGCGGCGGCGGGGACCGUGCGCGGCAAGAACGCCACCGAGACCCUGGCCCAGCCGGGACCCCGCGCCGCGGACAGCCGCUGGGUGAGCCUGCACCAGGCCCAGCAGGAGCGCAAGCGCGUGAUGCGGGAGGCCUGCGCCAAGUACAGGGCCAGCAGCAGCCGCCGGGCCGUCACCCCCCGCCACGUGUCGCGCAUCUUCGUGGAGGACCGCCACCGCGUGCUGUACUGCGAGGUGCCCAAGGCCGGCUGCUCCAACUGGAAGCGGGUGCUGAUGGUGCUGGCGGGCCUGGCCUCCUCCACCGCGGACAUCCAGCACAACACGGUGCACUACGGCAGCGCCCUCAAGCGCCUGGACACCUUCGACCGCCAGGGCAUCGUGCACCGCCUCAGCACCUACACCAAGAUGCUCUUCGUCCGCGAACCCUUCGAGCGGCUGGUCUCGGCUUUCCGGGACAAGUUCGAGCACCCCAACAGCUACUACCAUCCCGUCUUUGGCAAGGCCAUCCUGGCCCGCUACCGGGCCAACGCCUCCCUGGAGGCGCUGCGGACCGGCUCGGGCGUGCGGUUCCCCGAGUUCGUCCAGUACCUGCUGGACGUCCACCGGCCCGUGGGUAUGGACAUCCACUGGGACCACGUGAGCCGGCUGUGCAGCCCCUGCCUCAUCGACUACGACUUCGUGGGCAAGUUCGAGAGCAUGGAGGGCGAUGCCAACUUCUUCCUGCGCCUCAUCCAGGCGCCCGGGAACCUGACGUUCCCCAGGUUCAAGGACAGGCACUCCCAGGAGGCGAGGACCACGGCCAGCAUCACCCGUCGCUACUUCGCCCAGCUCUCCUCCCUGCAGCGGCAGCGCGCCUACGACUUCUACUACAUGGAUUACCUGAUGUUCAACUACUCCAAGCCUUUCUCGGACCUGUACUGAGGGCGGGGCCUGCGGGCCGGGGGCGGGCUUUGUCCGCCUGCGCACCCUCCGGGAGCUGAGCUCGAACCCUGGUCUCUGAGGAUAUGAGGCCUUGGGGUUGCGGGCGACAGAGGCCCAGGCGCUGGACCUUGACCCUCGACCCCCAGCCGUUUCCUCGUCGGGUUGGCUCAGCUUGAUGCUGAGCUCUCAGGUGUAUGCUCUAAGAACGUGGCCCAGCUGUGCUGACCAGGGAGGCCCGAAGCCCAGAAGAGGGCCCCGGCGGUAAGGGGUGUCCUGCAUCCCUCCGUCCUUUGCCUUGUACCAAACCACGUGGUUUGCUGCUUUUCUAUGACCCAGGAAAGGUCUCAAUAAAGCACAUGGUUU